UUGGAAAUACAACAGUCGCGGGGAGUCGCUCUAACUUUCUGUGCAAGAUUCAACAAAUUGCUUCGACAGCAACCAGAGCCGCGCGCUGCCUGCAGAUCUGCAGCAUAUAUUGCGGUUUUCUCUUUGCUCUUCAGAACUGGCGUUUUGAAUUCAUAUCACUCAAGUGUCAGAGACAUUUUUAAAAUUUUGUGAGCUUUGUUUUUUUCUGGAAAAUAAAGCCUGCGAUCAUAGAUUUGCAUUUUAUAACUUUCUCAUUUUUUCCUUUUACAUUAUCCUUGAAGAACGGGGGGAAUUUCUUUCAAGCCACGUCAAGCGAUUUUUAGAACGUUUCUUCAAGUCUGAACUUUGAUUUAUUUCACCUGAAAUUGUUUAUCUAAAGUUUUCGCAUGAAUCUACUCGACCCGUUUCUUAAAAUGACAGACGAGCAAGAUAAGUGUCUCUCUGACGCCCCGAGCCCGAGUAUGUCAGAGGAUUCUGCAGAAUCUCCGUGCCCGUCCGGGUCUGGGUCCGACACUGAGAACACAAGACCGUCCGAAAACGGUCUGCUGGGAACCGACGGUGCCCUCGGCGACUUCAAGAAGGACGAAGAGGACAAAUUCCCCGUCUGUAUACGGGAUGCGGUCUCCCAAGUGCUGAAGGGCUACGACUGGACCCUGGUGCCCAUGCCAGUCAGAGUGAACGGAUCGAGCAAGAAUAAGCCUCACGUCAAGAGACCCAUGAAUGCCUUCAUGGUGUGGGCGCAAGCUGCCCGCAGGAAGUUGGCAGAUCAGUAUCCACAUCUUCACAACGCGGAGCUCAGCAAAACUCUUGGGAAACUCUGGAGAUUGCUUAACGACGGAGAAAAACGUCCUUUCGUGGACGAGGCAGAGCGUCUGAGGGUGCAGCACAAGAAAGACCACCCCGACUACAAGUACCAGCCCCGGCGCAGAAAAUCUGUGAAAAACGGCCAGAGCGAACCGGAGGAAAACGAGCAGACCCACAUCUCUCCGAACGCCAUUUUCAAGGCUCUGCAACAGGCCGACUCUCCCGCGUCCAGUAUGGGCGAGGUGCACUCUCCCGGAGAACAUUCAGGUCAGUCCCAGGGUCCACCCACCCCUCCCACUACCCCCAAAACCGAGGUGCCCUCAGGCAAAGUGGACCUGAAGCGCGAGGGGCGCCCCCUUCAGGAGGGCACGGGCCGCCAGCUCAACAUCGACUUCCGGGACGUGGACAUCGGGGAGCUGAGCAGCGACGUCAUCUCCAACAUCGAGGCCUUCGACGUCAACGAGUUCGACCAGUACCUGCCUCCCCACGGGCACCCGGGGGCUCCCGUCCCCAGCCAGGUCCACGGGCAGGGCGGGCAGGUGGGCUACGCGGGCAGCUACGGCGGGGCCGCCGGCGGGGCGGGGGUGCCCCAGGCCACGGGCGCGGGGGGCCACGGCUGGAUGCCCAAACAGCCCCAGCAGACCCUCGGCGCGCUGGGGGCAGACCAGGCCCAGGGCCAGCAGAGGCCCACGCACAUCAAGACGGAGCAGCUGAGCCCCAGCCAUUACAGCGAGCAGCAGAGCUCCCCGCAGCCCAUCAGCUACGGCUCGGCCUGCUUCAGCCUGCAGCACUACAGCACCUCCUCCUACGGCGGCAUCGCGCGCGGGGGCACCGGCCAAUACGACUACUCCGAGCACCAGGGCGGGGCCGGCCCCUACUACAGCCACACGGGCAGCCAGGGCUCCGGCCUCUACUCCAGCUUCGCCUACAUGGGGCCCAGCCAGAGGCCUAUGUACAGCCCCAUCGCCGACAACACAGCGGUGUCCUCGGUCCCCCAAAGCACCCACAGCCCCCAGCACUGGGAGCAGCAGCCUGUGUACACCCAGCUGUCCAGGCCCUGAAGGGCCCCCCCCCCUCUGACUCUGACCUCCCCACCCUGAUGGCAGAGACUUUUACCGCAAAACUGUCUCGCCAUGAGAGACUGUCCCAUCCGGCGCAUCACCCCUUCCACAAACCUCACCGCCCUGCACAAGAAAAAACGA